AUGGCUCCGAUGCUUAUACUUCCAAAGAUGGCUCCGAUGCUUAUACUUCCUGCGUCCUUGAUGAAUCAUGGGGACCCCAUCCUACUGUCACAGGACACUGCACACAUUCUACAUCAAAUGGGGGAACCCAAAACCUACCUGGAUAAUUUCAGAGGUUCAUGCUGUGGGCCAGAGGACAGCCAAGCUGGAGUAGCGAGCGGAGAGGGUG